UCUCAUUGGCUGAGCGCGGGACAGCAAGAAUGCUCACAAGGAGACCAGCUUCCAGUCACCAGGAAGUAGUAGACUUUGUGAGAACGAAGCAAACAGGACAGCAGCAAAGAGUAUACACGAUCCCAACCUCUGAGGAUGUCUGCCAAAGAUGUGGGCGAAACGUCAGGAAAUAAUGCUUCUGGAACAUGGCCAGACAGCACGGGAAACUCACAGCAACCCAAAGAGUAUACUGCGCAUGCGUACCCUGCAUGGUGGCCUCACGUCAUUCCCCUCAGCAACCCAAAGAGUAUACUGCGCAUGCGUAUCUUGCAUGGUGGCCUCACGUCACUCCCUUCAGCAACCCAAAGAGUAUACUACGCAUGCGUACCCUGCAUGGUGGCCUCACGUCACUCCCCUUAGCAAGAGUAUACUGCGCAUGCGUACCCUGAAUGGUGGCCUCACGUCACUCCCCUCAGCAACCCAAAGUAUACUGCGCAUGCGUACACUGCAUGGCGGCCUCACGUCACUCCCCUCAGCAACCCAAAGAGUAUACUGCGCAUGCGUAUUCUGAAUGGUGGCCUCACGUCACUCCCCUCAGCAGCCCAAAGAGUAUACGGCGCAUGCGUGCCCUGAAUGGUGGCUUCACGUCACUCCUCUCAGCAACCCAAAGCAUAGUGCGCAUGCGUACACUGCAUGGUGGCUUCAUUGCUCCCCUCAGCAACCCAAAGAGUAUACUGCGCAUGCGUGCCCUGAAUGAAGGCUUUACGUCACUCCCCUCAGCAACUGCAUGCGCGAGAAGUUCCAACCCGCGCUAAGAAACUUUGAGGGCGGGGCGUUCGGGAAGGGGCGUGGCCUGGAGCAUCAUCUGCUUUUCUAUAGGUGGCAUCAUAACCAAAGCCUUAUGACGUCACCCAGAUUCCAAACAAUUCAUUCAGGAAGCAAAAUAAAGCGGAGGGUUUCUGUCCGAAUCAUGCCGCCCUUUCCUCUGUGGGUCUUUCUAAUCCUUCCUUGUGGCACUUUUGGCUUGGAAAACGGGCUCCUCCGGACGCCCCCGAUGGGGUGGGUGCCGUGGGAGCGCUUCCGGUGCAACACCAAUUGCGCCCACGACCCCGACAACUGCAUCAGUGAAGGCCUGAUCAAGGCCAUGGCCGACCGGCUGGUGGAGGACGGCUGGAAGGAGCUGGGCUACGAAUACGUCAACCUAGAUGACUGCUGGGCGGCAAAGAAGAGGGACCCUCAAGGGAAGCUCCAGCCAGACCCUGAGCGCUUCCCCAGUGGAAUCAAGUCUCUGGCCGACUAUGUCCAUUCCAAAGGCUUGAAAUUUGGCAUCUACAGCGACCUAGGCAACGCCACCUGCGCCGGGUAUCCUGGGACCACCCUGGAGACCAUCGAGACAGACGCCCAGACCUUUGCGUCGUGGGGAGUAGACAUGCUGAAGCUGGACGGCUGCUUCUCCGAUUCCGCCACCAAGGCAGUCGGCUACCCAAAGAUGAGUGCGGCAUUGAACAAAACCGGGCGGCCAAUAGCCUUCUCCUGCAGCUGGCCGGCCUACGAAGGAGGGCUUCCGCCAAAGGUGAAUUAUACGUUGCUGGGCAAAAUAUGCAACCUUUGGAGGAACUACAUAGACAUCGAGGACUCUUGGGACAGCCUCUUCCGCAUCAUCGAGUGGUACGGGAAUAACCAGGAUACGCUGCAGCCGGCCGCCGGACCCGGAAGGUGGAACGACCCCGACAUGCUGAUCCUGGGGGACUUUGGCCUGAGCCUGGAGCAGUCCAAGGUGCAAGUGGCCAUCUGGGCCAUCCUGGCCGCCCCCUUCUUCAUGUCUUGCAACCUGCGCAACAUUUCGGACGAAGCCAAGGGCCUCCUGCAGAACCCGCAGCUCCUCAAUAUCAGCCAGGACCCCCGCGGCAUCCAAGGCAGUCGCAUCUACAAGUCCCCCCACUUUGAGGUCUGGCGCCGGCCACUGGUCUUAGGCCAGUUUGCACUGGCGGUCAUGAACACCGGCACGGACGGCGCCCCCAGGCCCUAUGUGACGGCCCUGGCCCUGCUGGGCAUCUCUGGCUGUGCCUCCGGCUACAAGAUCCACGACGUCCUGGAGAAGCGCUUCCUGGGCACCUUUGGGUCUGGCAAACUCUUGAAUCACGAGGUGGCCCCUACCGGGGUGGCCCUCCUCUUCGUCGAGCCGCUCUGCUGAAGGACACCGGGAAGGAAAGUCCAACGGAGGGGACGGAGGAGCCCAGCGGUCAAGGCAUGGCAUUCCCCGAAGGACGUGGGAAGAAGGAACAGAACACAGGACAGAGCUUUCCAACCUUCCCAUGCUUUUGAGACAGGACUUCUUUCACGACUUGGUCAUUCAGUCUCACAGAGCUGGACCUGAGAUAAAUGGCUGGAGCAUCACCAAAAGGAUGACGCCUGUAUGUAAACAGAGCUGCAGGAUGUACGAGAUGUCCAGGGAAGGAGACCUCCUUUUUCCAGAUCAAUAUCUGAAGGCAUCACAAAUGAGUAAUUUUGCUAGAAAUACAAGUGGAAACUGUAUACAAUAAACACGUGGGAAAGAAAAAGCAGAGGAGCUCCGUAUGCUAUUCGAUGAUUGAAUAUUCCUUUAAAUAGCCCUGUGUGUUUCAGCCGAUACGUGGAGCUGGUCUCCUUUUUUGUGCUUUUUUCAGUGCUCUCUAUACUGCAAUAAACAUGUGGUUUUAGCAGCAA